AUGUCCGACCAAGUAGGCUUCAGUUUCCAAGCCGACGUCGUGAACACGGCCUCACUGGGACAUGUCUUGACCGGACGAUUACUCAAGGCCCUCAGCGAUGGCGGCGUCGAUACCUACGCCAUGUGGGCUGCCAUCCAGUUGGGCAAACGCAUUCCCGUUCAAUCUUCGCAUCAGAGCUCUCUGUACGCCCACAUCAUGUCGAGAAAGACCUACCAUUCUGUGCUGUCAAAGGCCCUCAGCAUCGGCUGGGGUCACUCAGCACCGGUGGCGGACUUGGCCAGAACGGUUGCCGGGACAAACUCCAUCAUUCUUAUCGGUGCGCUUGCGACAGGUUGCCAGGCAUUUGCUGCCGCCCAAUGCCUCUCCGAGUUAAUGGCUAUAUACGGCCUUGAAGCCGAUGCGCUGCCGAGUGUCGAUGUGCUCAAGGGACAACUUCGAGAUAUGGGCGGCGCCGCUUUUCUCGCUAGUUCUAUCAAGCAACUCAUCCACACAUCUCAGGUGGGCCAGAGAGACUACAUGGCGCUCAAGGUGCGCGGCUCAUGGCUCCCUGCUUUUGCGAGCCAUAUACUUGGCAUGUCCGUAGAGAUACGCUCCAAGGAGUCGCCACCCUGUCAGCAGAGACUCUUCUUUAUUUAUUGA